CUUGGCACUGAUGGUUGUUUUAAGACAAUGAUCGCUAAAACAGUCAUGUUUCAUGGUUGGCUCCAUGCUUUCACACCCACUCAGCUGAAGGAGGGUUUAAUCCACUCACAGUUUACUGUUCAGGACUUUGACUCACAAACUCCAAACUCUGCACCAAACAGCAUACAGAGCCCCUCCUCCAUCAUGUCCCUCCUCACCCACCUGCUGGCCUGCCUCUUCGGUAUGGGCUCCUGGGUCUCCAUCAACGGCCUGUGGGUGGAGCUGCCCCUCCUGGUCCCUCAGAUCCCAGAGGGCUGGUACCUGCCCUCCUACCUGUCCGUCCUCAUCCAGAUGGCCAACAUCGGUCCUCUCUUCGUGACUCUGAUGCACCGGUUCCGGCCCGGCGUUCUGAAUGAGUCCGCCGUCAUCUACCUGAUCGUCGCCAUGGGGACGGUGGCGACCUUCCUGCUGGCUUUCUUCUGGAAGGAGACGGUGGUGGUGGCGGGUUUCCCUCGCAGCGUGGCCCUCCUGGUGUUGACCUUCUUCCUGGCUGCGGUCGACUGCACCUCCUCCGUCACUUUCCUGCCCUUCAUGAUGAGGCUCAAACCGGAGUAUUUGACCACCUACUACAUCGGGGAGGGGGUCAGCGGGUUACUGCCUGCUCUGGUGGCUUUGGUCCAGGGGGUCGGGGUGGUCCACUGCAUCAACAGUACACAGUCUCUGAACCACAGCUUAAACACCUCCAACUCAAACGCUGUGACCUUUGACCUCCAGGCCCAGUACCAGCCCGCCAACUUCUCCGUUGAGGUGUUCUUCUUCUUCUUGAGUGCCAUGAUGCUCGUUUGCCUGGUGGCCUUUCUCCUGCUGAACUACCACCCCGCUGUGGCCAGAGAGCCCCCCAACGGCCGCUACACCAACGGGGUCAAAGCCAAGUCUCAGAGCAACAGGAAGUGGUCUGAGCAGAAGUCCAUGAUGGAGCCGUUCAGACCCGUACAGCAGAAGCGCAGGAGCAGCUUCGGUACAGGGGCGUACAGCUGGAUGCAGGUGGUCUACAUCUUCGUGGUCCUGGCCUGGACCAACGCUCUGACCAACACGGUGCUGCCCUCGGUGCAGUCGUACUCCUGCUUGCCCUACGGGAACAACGCCUACCACCUAUCAGCCACCAUGGCCGCUGUGUCCAACCCCCUCGCCUGCUUCAUCGCCAUGUUCUUCCCCAUAAGGUCUCUGCUGCUGAUGGGGGCUCUGACAGUGGUGGGCAGUGGAGUUGGAGCUUACAUUAUGUUCACUGCAGUGUUGAGUCCGUGUCCAGUCCUGGUCCAUGAUGUGUCCGGUGGGGUCAUCAUAGUGUUGGCCUGGAUCCUCUUUGUCCUCACUCUGUCCUAUGUGAAGGUGAUAAUAGGUGUGAUCCUGCGUGACGAAGGCCACAGCGCCCUGGUGUGGUGUGGAGCAGUGGUGCAGUUGGGCUCCCUGCUGGGGGCCAUCACCAUGUUCCCACUGGUCAGCGUCUUCAACUUCUUCUCAUCCGGAGACCCCUGCAACACAACAUGUCCCUGAAAACAGACGUCACCGUUUGGAGGAUAUUUAUUGUUUUUGUUGGUUUAUUUACUAGAAAACAAAUCCGGAACUGUCACUGAGCCUUAUCUGACCCACUGCUUUUAACGAUUCAAUUCAUGGACAGGAUGAAAAUGUUGGAUAUGUCAACAGAGUGAGUUUAUUUUAUAUAAUUAAAUAUGUAAAUAGAGCUGUUUUGACAACUAACCCAAAAGGACCCAGUGUUACUUUUAUGGCAGUU